AUGGAAUAUGAGGCUACUCAGCUAGAAAAGCAGCACGUGCAUAGUGUGUAUGAAAAUACAGCUGCCUACUUUAAUGAUCUGCAGAGCAAAGCAUGGCCUCGUGUUCGAAACUUUCUGCUGGAGCAAAAGCCUGGCAGUCUCGUUGCUGACAUAGGUUGUGGAACUGGAAAGUAUCUCAGUGUCAACAGUCAGGUGUAUAAUCUUGGCUGUGAUUACUGUGGACCACUGGUAGAGAUUGCAAGGAAGAAAGAUGAUGAAGUUCUGAUAUGUGACAACCUUAACCUUCCCUUUAGGGACCAGUGCUUCAAUGCAGUCAUUUCCAUUGGAGUGAUCCAUCAUUUCUCAACUAAACAAAGAAGAAUCAAAGCAAUAAAGGAAAUGGCAAGGGUAUUGAUACCCGGAGGCCAGAUGAUGAUUUAUGUUUGGGCUAUGGAACAAAAGAAUCGUCGCUUUGAGAAACAAGACGUAUUUGUUCCUUGGAACAAGGCCUUGUGCUCACGGCAUUUUUCAGAAUCGAAUCAAUCUGGAGAUAAAGGUGAGUUUGUGCAUGCUGUAAAAAGCCGAGACAUACACCCUGCACAGCUAGUCAUCUCUGAUUGCAGCUACCAAACCAAUCUGCAGCCAGAAACUGAUUCAAAAUGUUCCCACAAUACGGACCAUUGCUUAUCCAGAGCCUGCUGCAUGAAAAUUUCUGAAGAAGAAAACAGAUUUUACAGUGCUCUAGGAAGAUCUUUCCGCUCAUGGUUUUUCUCCAGCUCCCUUGAUGAAUCAGCCCUUAGAAAGCAAACUGACAAAAUGAAGCCUCUGAAGAAUGAAGGAGAAUGGGCAAACAGUACUGUACCCAUUCAGCAUUCACGACACUGCAGUUUGGAUUUAGGUCACCAUGGGACACUGUUAAAAGAACAAAGUUUAGAUGAUGAUGUGUUCGUGGAAAGUCUGCCUCUCAAAAAACAAGAGUGGUCACCAGCCACAGAUGCACUAAAGGAUUUAAGUUUAAAUGGAGGACACCAAAGUGUAGCUCAGAGCAAGAGUGAAGAAGCUUCAUUUAUAAAUGGCCCAGUGGGAGACAGGGACUACAGCUGCGAUUGUAAUAAAGAUGGUGCUGGUAAGUCUAAUGCCAGCAAGUUUUUCAAAAGAACUUCAACAACUGACUCCACUGACUCUGCAUUGGAUUCAGCAGUGUCUGUUGGGGACCAAACUGAUGCCACGUUGGAUACAAAAGCCUUCAUGCGUUAUUAUCAUGUUUUUCGGGAAGGGGAACUGUGCUCUCUGGUAGAAGAGAACGUGCCUGAGCUUCAGAUACUUUCUUCCUGCUAUGACCAUGGAAACUGGUGCAUUAUUGCAGAGAAAAGAGGAACAUAG